UCGAUUUCAUCCCUAGAACUUAACACAGAGUUCUCCCCAACAGUACACAGCAAUGAUUGUGCAUAAUUCUAUUGAUCUGUUUUGGUUCCUGGAGAUUCAAAGAUGAUGGAACCGCCCGAUGGGAAAACUGGAGCAAUGGCCGAUUUAACCGAUCAUUUACCAGGAUGGAUGAAAUGUAUCCAAGAAAGGCUUCGAGAAUGUAUGGAUUCCCUGUUUGGCAGACUUCCUGAAAAUGUAAAACGACAAGGGAUAGUGCUCCUAUAUAUUCUUAGCAUGGUAUUUUCUGUAAUUGGAGUAAUCACAUCAUUUCAGUACGUUUGGACAGCUUUCGCUUCCGAUCCACAUUCAAAUACUCUCUCACAUGACCCAACAAAAGAAUGUCGGAAGGGAGACGAAGAGUCAUGUCCAUGGUUCAUGAUUUUCACAGAAAUGAAAGACAAGAUAAAUGCGCUCGAAGAAAGUUUCAAAGAGCAAAUCUCACAAAGUGAGAACUUGGAACGAGACUUUCUGAACCAAUCAGAAUUGAAUUAUAUUCUAACUGAAAAGUUGAAGUUAUUUUUCGAAAAGUUAGAUAAUAUUACAUUGCACUGUGGAAGAGCUGAAGCACAGGCAGCUGAAAUAUCUUCAAGGAUGCUUUUCGAUGAGGUCAUUUUAUACUUCCUAUUGACCGUAGUAUUGUUUGAGAUUUUUACAAGGAUUAGACCCCAUAGUAGAGAAUGGAAGGAAGCCAUUGAGGUUAAUAUAAGGAGGUACUUGAAAAAAACAGAAGUAGCUCAUUCAGAUCAAAUGACUGGUAGUACGGCAUCAAGUCCAGAAGACGCAACAGAUAAUGGAUCUGAGCUUAUACCUAAUGGCGUCAUAAAAGAGGAGAAAGAAAAGAAGAAUGGAACACCUACGCAUACCGCACCAUCAACGCCUAAACACGGAGUCCUGAGGAACGAAAUGUGUAUCGUACUUUUCCGGAAAGAAUGCCUAAGUAUCUACAAUUCUGUUAUUGAAACACUUCUUUUUUAUUUCACAGAAAUUAAGAUCGCAUCUGCGCCUUAUUACGUCAUUGAAAAUUUUAAUGACAUCAGCAAAAUACCUUACGUUAAAUUGUUUAUUCUUGUGUGUGAUCACAACUUGAACUACGGGAGCGGAAGUAAGGAUAUAAGAUUAGCUACUAUCAAAGUACUUAAAACUUGGGGAGCUGUGCCAAAACAGAUCAAUAGAAUUAUGCAGAAUCAUUGCUGUGUACUGUUGGGGAGAACUCUGUAA